GUUAAUUGUUAGCCUUGUUUUUUGUAGUCUAAGUUAAAGCUACGUCAGAAAGCUUGUGAAAGAGCUGUUGAGAUAAAAACUUGUCUGUUCAUAAUAUACUUUUGAAUUUAUUGAAUCAGAUCUAUUUUUCAGUAACUGAUAUAUAAGUAUCACGUUUGCCACAUAAAUAUUACUAGAAUUAUUGGUGAUAGGACAAUUGUUUCUAUUAAUCUGUCUAUUGCUCAAUCUCACAUAAUAUCACCAAGUUUAACCGUGAUUUUCAUGAUUUAAACAUGAUAAAGUGAAAUACCAGUUGGUGCAUACAAUAUCUCAGUUUAUGUGAAAAUAGAAUUAUAAAAAGCGAAAGUUGACAAUAUAUAGAAAUAAAAACGACAAACAGGGGAUAAUUUUUACGUCUCCGUAAUUACGCAUAGCAGUAAACGGGAUAGGUACCAAAACAUUAAAUAUAAAUAAUUUUGACAUCUCGCCAACAAAACUGCUUCAACAUGGUUUGUGAAAAAUGUGCAAAGAAAUUAGGCACAGUUAUUACCCCAGAUCCAUGGAAGGCAGGUGCAAGGAACACAGUGGAAAGUGGAGGUCGUAAAGUAGGAGAAAAUAAAGCCCUUUCUGCAGGAAAAGCACGAUUUACACCAUAUACCACAAAAUUUGAAAGUUGUAGGAUAUGCAGGCAGAAAGUUCAUCAAGUAGGUUCUCAUUACUGCCAGUCCUGUGCAUAUAAGAAAGGCAUAUGUGCUAUGUGUGGCAAAAGACUAUUAAAUAUAAAGAAUUACAAACAGUCAGCCACAUAAUUCCUCUUACAAUAGAACAUAAAACUCAAAACUGGAGUUUAUUAUAUCAACAUGUACAUUAUUAUAUAGGAUUAAACCAUGGCUUUGGUUAAUACUGUGAUUUUCAGACGCACAUAUUUAUGUUGAGAAUUUUGUUUCUUUAAAUAUGUUUCAUUAACUCUAACUUUGUAAUUCUUAUACAUUAUGCUCCAUAUUUUGAUAUAUGGCUGCAAUAAUUAUUGCAGAGUAAGUUUGCAACUAAAAAUAUUCAGAAAGCCUGUGACAUUAUACCAAAUGUAAACGCACAAGAAAAAUAUCAUUAUUUUAUAAA